CACGCCCCUGCACCGCACACUCAUGUACAUGCUUUACAGUGGCAGAGGCAAGCUCAGCGGCUCAGAUGAGAGCUGUACUAAUGCUGGGAUCGACUCUACGGGACAGAUCUUUCUACACCGUAGGAAUGUGACAGAGUCGGUGAGAUGGCUGUGGACACGGAUCGCUUGACAAUGGACCCUACUCUGUGGCAGUACCAGUUCAGGUUCAUUAUGCUGGGGGACUCCACGGUGGGCAAGUCGUCCCUGUUGAAGCGCUACACCGAGGACCUGUUCCUGGAGUCCAUCAACCAGACAGUGGGUGUAGACUUUUAUGUCCACUUCCUGGAGGUGGAGCUUGGGGUCCGUGUGAAGCUGCAGUUCUGGGACACGGCCGGACAGGAGAGGUUCAGGUCGGUGACCCGUUCUUAUUACCGCAACUCGGUCGGAGGCCUGCUGGUCUUUGACAUAACCAACCGAGCCUCCUUUGACCACAUUGUGGAUUGGCAUGCGGAGGUGUGCGAGCGAGUGCAGCCACACAGGGUCCUGUUCGCCCUGUUGGGCCAAAAGAGUGACCGGGACGCUCUCGGGGAGAGGGUGGUGAGUCGGGAAGAGGCCGAGAAACUGGCCAGGCAGCUCGCGAUGCCAUACGUGGAGGUGUCUGCCAAGACGGGCCACAAUGUGAAGGAGUCCUUCGAACUUCUCGCCCGGCGGGUCUAUCAGGGCCUUCUGAGUGGGGAGGUAGAGCUGCAGGAGGGCUGGGAUGGAGUUAAGUGCGCCGCCCCGCAGGCGCUGCAGUUGCAGAGAGCCAACCUGGCCCAGUCCAAGACAGACUCGAAGAGCCCCAAGAAGUGCUGUGGUUAGACUUCAGACUGCAAGCAGUCAUCCACUCCGGGAUUUAUAAUGACAUUUUAAUGUACAGUGUGACCACGGGGCGACCUUCGAUAAGACAUGCAAUUUUAUCACCUUGGUUGUGACGAUGCAAUUUAGGAAGGGCCUGUUUUGUUGAAACAUUUUGUCACUUAAUAUGUACAAUAUUUUCACAUUUCUGCAUGGGGUAAAGAUUUAACUUGUGGUUUGGAGUAAUUGAUAUUUUUUUUGUUAUGCUAAUCAAGCUGUAGUGGCACGGCUCUGUGGUUGGUCAGUGUCCUGAAACACUCCCUCAUCAUCCCUUAUCCCUGAAGAUCGCUGCAGAUCUGACCCUUACCCCCAAGUUGUACUACCGAGAUGACCCCUUAACAUCAUCACGUCAGCAUUGUCUCUGUGAGCAUAUUAGUGUGACGACUUCAGCAUUUAUCUUAAAGUUCAGCUUCACAAAGUUGCCAGUGUGAGUGUAGACUUUUCUUUAAAAGUGAAGUCCAUUGAUAAGGUUUGUGCUCUCUUGUGAGCUGACCCGCUGCUGACCAGACGACUGCAACGCACACUGAUAAGUCAUUUAUUAAACGGAUUUGAUAAAAUCCAGAGGCUGGAGCUUUAUUCAAACUGGACGGCCUGGACUGUCUGAGGGUCCUUCAAGACACAUAUAAGGGACAUUUUGGGUAUACUGGUUUAUUUUGGGUGGUCACAAUCCCAAAAGUUUUGAAGCCACUGUAACACGACGACACAACUAUUCCCUCUGACCCUAAUUGUCAGACGCAAAUCUGUGAUUCAUGAGUGCGUUGCUUGUUCUGUCAAUAAACGACAGCAGUUAAGUUAUCGGGUCCCCUGAUUGAGAUUAUAAACAUCACCACGGGCCCUAAUGUGAACUAAUCAUUCCCGCCUCAGUAGUUGUCUGGAAAAGGGCUUUGCUGUCACAAAUAACUGCUAAACAUCCUGCUAGUGAGUGAUUGUGUUUAGCUGGUAUUGUUGAAAUUGAAUUAAACUCUCAGGUGCCUUUGGAUAUUGUUCUUUUGAACUGUUGUGAGAGGUUCCCAGAGCAAUUACUGUUCAUCAGGCCGAUGAGCAACCUCUCGUUUCGACAACAAAAGAGUUUAUUUUGCUGCGGGUUGUUUACCAUUGUCUGUGUAUUUGCUUGCAUCCUGCGUAAGAACUAUAUUUCAUCAUUUUCAAUGUUUUGUUUUCAUUUGACCCCCUUCAAACAGUGAUACUGUUUUUCUUUAACUUCACAUGAAUGUAGAAAAUUACUUUUAAAUAAAAAGCAGUAAAAUUCA